GUAGUGGUGACGUGUCUCUAAAGUUUCUCCUCCUCCCUGUGGCUCAGACAGUCAGUCAGUAGUGAGAUUUCUGGUCAGAUUUACGCAGUAAAGGAGCACGUCGGAGCACCGUCGGGUCAUCAUGGGCAUCAAAUUCUUGGAGGUGAUAAAGCCAUUCUGUGCAGUGCUGCCAGAGAUCCAGAAACCUGAACGAAAGAUCCAGUUCAGAGAGAAGGUACUAUGGACUGCCAUCACUCUCUUCAUCUUCCUGGUGUGUUGCCAGAUCCCCCUCUUUGGCAUCAUGUCUUCAGACUCUGCAGAUCCAUUCUACUGGAUGAGAGUGAUUCUAGCCUCAAACAGAGGUACCCUGAUGGAGCUGGGUAUCUCACCUAUUGUCACCUCAGGCCUGAUCAUGCAGCUGCUUGCAGGAGCUAAGAUCAUUGAGGUUGGAGACACACCAAAGGACAGAGCCCUCUUCAAUGGAGCUCAGAAAUUAUUUGGAAUGAUCAUCACCAUCGGCCAGGCCAUUGUCUAUGUGAUGACCGGCAUGUAUGGAGAUCCCUCUGAGAUGGGUGCAGGAAUCUGUCUGCUCAUCAUCAUUCAGCUGUUUGUGGCCGGUCUGAUCGUGCUGCUGCUGGAUGAGUUGCUCCAAAAGGGAUACGGUCUCGGUUCAGGAAUCUCGCUGUUCAUUGCUACCAAUAUCUGUGAGACGAUCGUCUGGAAGGCCUUCAGCCCCACGACUGUGAACACUGGAAGAGGUACAGAGUUUGAGGGAGCAAUCAUUGCGCUUUUCCAUCUGCUGGCCACUCGUACGGACAAAGUGCGAGCUUUGAGAGAGGGCUUCUACAGGCAGAACCUGCCCAACCUCAUGAACCUCAUCGCCACAGUAUUUGUCUUUGCUGUAGUGAUUUACUUUCAGGGAUUCAGGGUGGAUCUGCCCAUCAAGUCCGCUCGCUACCGUGGCCAGUACAACACCUACCCCAUCAAGCUGUUCUACACCUCCAACAUCCCCAUCAUCCUGCAGUCUGCCUUGGUCUCCAACUUGUAUGUUAUCUCCCAGAUGCUUUCCACACGCUUCAGUGGCAACUUCCUGGUUAAUCUGCUCGGCACUUGGUCUGACGCUACGUCAGGGGGUCCAGCCCGUGCCUACCCUGUAGGCGGACUCUGUUACUUCCUCUCUCCGCCGGAGUCAUUUGGUUCUGUUCUUGAUGACCCGGUCCAUGCCGUCAUCUACAUCGUCUUCAUGCUCGGAUCAUGUGCCUUUUUCUCCAAGACCUGGAUUGAAGUCUCAGGCUCCUCCGCUAAAGAUGUGGCAAAACAGCUUAAGGAGCAGCAGAUGGUGAUGAGGGGACACAGAGAAACCUCAAUGGUCCAUGAACUAAACAGGUACAUUCCUACUGCUGCUGCCUUUGGUGGACUGUGUAUCGGCGGUCUUUCAGUAAUGGCCGACUUUCUCGGCGCCAUUGGUUCUGGCACCGGUAUCCUGCUCGCCGUCACCAUCAUCUAUCAGUACUUUGAGAUCUUUGUGAAAGAACAGAGCGAAGUAGGCAGCAUGGGGGCUCUGCUCUUCUAGAAAAGCCAAUAUCAUCCCACCUUCUACCAACAUUUUUUAGGAUCACCAACUUUGCAUUUAUUUUACAUCUAUGUGAAGCUCCUACAUCGUCAGCUCUCCACUUUCAGGAUUUUCGAGGAAUCUUCAGGAAUCUCAGCUGAAAUGGGACCGUGGGAGGUGGUGGGGUUACACAGCUUGUUGCUCCCACCUCGUAUCUUCCAAAGUAACACAAAGACCGACAUUUCAGUUGUACUUCAUCAGAUUUUCUAACUGACUCUAGAUUAUAACUCCCCAAGAUUCAUUUAAAGGCUUCCUUUGUGUAUGACAUGAAGUCCUGCGGGAGUUCGGUCCUUUCUUUCAGACUGACAAUAGAGCGCUUCAGUAUGCAGGCAUACUCAACACGGAUGAUGGAGGUCAACUGCCUGCUGUGCCGAAAUGCACUCGAUGUUCUGCUUGGUGUCAUCUUAGUUAAUACUUUUACUUUCAGCUUUAUUUUAUUUUCCCGUCAACCUGCCAAUUAUGUGAAGGUGUGGAACAGAAGCUGAACUGUCAAACGCUGAGUCAAGUACUGUCAUUUUCCUGAUUAGUGACCCUGUGUUAUAGCUGUUAUUUGAACAGGGUCUUGUAAGAAGAGGAUGUGGAGCUCACAUUGGGGUCCACCUGUCGCUGUUUUAAUGUAUGGCAUUCCCAGGGAGCUGCAGUAUUAACUCACAUGUCGCAUUCAUUUUCGUCUCUCACUUUCUGCAACUUUUUUUUUUUUUUUUUUUUUUUUUUUUUAUUGUCUGCUCUAAGCAUACUUUCAUUAAUCGCUUUUCCACACCUGAAAAAAAUUGACUUUCUGUACAUAGGCCACGCAUUGAAUCAUUUUGAAUUUGUCUUAAGUGUAAGAUAAAGUCUUUUGAAUAUGUAAAAAAUUAAUGCAUUUCAGAACAAACUUAUAGAAAAACAUUCUCAAUAAAACCUUUUUGUGGAAAAAGGUCUUUUGUGUCUUCUACUUGUCUGAAGUGUCCCAGGUGAAUUGUCAAAAGCACAUGAGUUGCUUCUGAGGAAAAGAGGGUCGUGUCUCCUUUUUAUACAAUGAUGUUUUAUGGUGUUAAUAUAAUGCAGUCUAAAACGAGUAAAUCCCCAAAUAGUCAUGUGAGUGAACAAGAUGAAUGAAUUCAUGAUUUUAUGAUCGUUAGUAAAUAUAGUUUACAAAAUGUAAAUGUAUUUUAUAAUUAUAUAUUAAGAUUUGAAGAGUGUUUGUUGCAGGGUCAUUGUUAGUAAGUACAUUUAUUUAUAGUGUAAAAUCACAAGUCUGUUAAAUUGGAAGAUUUGUUAGCCCAAAAUGUUUAUUAAUGUAAACAAAGGUUACUUGAACUUUUAUAUUAUUGAUAUGGAAGCAAUAGCUGAUAAGAUCAGCGAUACUAAAUACAAUUCUGCAAUAAAUGGUAAUCCAUUUCACCACUGCAUACCUGCAGUUAAUACAGUCUAUUACUGAGCAGCCCUAUGUAUAUGUUUAAACCUUGGUCCACUCUAUACAGAUCCAGCACACACUAAUAACAAAAUGAAUGAGUAAUUGUGAGGCACUACUGUACAUCCCACUCCUGUCAUGUGUUGUAUAACGUCAUUCUGUACUUUUUGUUGUGGUUGUUUGCUUCAUUGUUUAUUUACUUAUUUGUAUGUAAAUCUUGUACAAACGUUAAAGUGCAAAUAAAAAAACUGAACAUUUUC